GGGGCGUACCCCCAAUUCGCCGUCCCCUACUUCAUCUACGACGUCUACGCCAUGUUCCUCUGUCACUGGCACCGGGGACGGGUGAAGGGACACGAGGUGGCACCUCCUCCAUCCUUGAGGGCGGCCGCCGGCGCCUACCUGCGCAAGGACAUGCUGAUGGUGCUCCACCACGCCGCUAUGGUGCUCGUCUGCUUCCCUGUGGCCGCCCUGUGGCGCCAGGGGAAGGGCGACUUCUUCUUGGGGUGUCUCCUGAUGGCCGAGCUAAGCACCCCCUUUGUUUGUCUCGGCAAGGUCCUCAUCCUGGUGAGUCUGGACGC